UUUCAGUGCUCUGGCGAUGAUCUCUACAUGCAACACAACACCUGUGAAGAUGCUGCCUGAGGAUGUGACAGAUGCGGACGACAUGAGAAAACAGGAGGAUGUCUUUUUUAAAAGCCACAUUUAUUAAUCUAUGGUUUAGGAACUAUGGGUUGCUCAUCUUUUUGUGGGUGCAACUCCACGUGACCGAAGGAACAGUCAUGAUUUUAUAAACCUCGAGAGUUUAAGGUUUUUUAUAAAAGACAAUCCACCAUGUUUAAACGGUGGCUUUUAGCCCUAUUGGCCCGGGUCGGCCUCAUUGUGCUGGGCCUCUGCUGCUGUCUGUUCCUGUUCUACCUCCUCGCUUGUAAACCAACGUCUCACAGCAGCCAGCAGUCUCUGCUGUGGUCUGGAGGGGCCACCAGUAAGGAAGGAUACAUGGCCUUGUUGCAGGAGAGGGAGGACUCUCACAGACAUUACAUCAACAGCCUGACAAAGCAGAUGGCUCAUCUGAAGGAAGCUCUCCAGGAGAGAACGCAGCAGCUUCAAGAGUCCCUGGAAAAAGCUAAAACUAGAGGGAUUCUGCCUCAGGGUCUGGAGAGUCUGCACAAAACCCCAACACAGACCGACCUGAAGGAUUUCCUACGCUCCCAGCUGAACCAGGCGGAGGUGAACUCGGGUGUAAAGCUGUCCAGCGAAUAUGCAGUGAUUCCUUUUGACACUUUCACCCUGCGGAGGGUGUACCAGCUGGAGACGGGGCUGACGAGGCACCCAGAGGAGAGGCCUGUGAGGAGAGACCACAGAGACGAGCUGAUAAACACUGUGGAAACAGCUUUGCACGUCCUGAACGGACCUCAGCAACACGCAGACAACACCAGACGGAAGCGCACAUACUCCCCUGCAGACUUCAUAGAGGGGUUGACUCGUACAGAGAGGGACAGAGGAACCGUUUACGAGCUGAUGUUUAAAGGCGACGGUCCGCGGGACUUCACACAGCUCGUGCUCUUCAGACCCUUUGGUCCCGUGAUGAAGGUGAAGAGCGAGAGCGUGGACACGCGCAGCACGCUCAUCAACAUCAUCGUACCUCUUUCCAAGAGGCCAGACGCAUUCAGGAGGUUCAUCAACAACUUCAGAGAAGUGUGCAUCCAGCAGGACAGCAGGGUUCAUCUGACUGUGGUCUACUUUGGUCGAGAUCAGAUAGACCAGGUGAAAGCCAUGCUGGACCAGACCACCAGAGAGACUCGGUUCAGGAGCUUCACGUUGAUCCAGCUGAAUGAGGAAUUUUCUCGAGGGCGUGGUUUAGACGUGGGCGCCAGGGCGUGGAGGCGCAGCCAGAAUGUCUUGCUCUUCUUCUGUGACGUUGACAUCCACUUCACCGCUGACUUCUUAACUUCCUGUCGUCUCAACGCAGAGCCUGGUAAGAAAGUGUACUACCCAGUGCUCUUCAGCCAGUACAACCCAUCUAUUAUCUACAGUAAUCAGACACUUCUACCCUCCGUUCAACAACAACUGGUGAUGAGGAAGGAAACUGGAUUCUGGAGAGACUUUGGCUUUGGCAUGACAUGCCAAUACAGGUCGGAUUUCCUCAACAUAGGUGGUUUUGACCGUAACAUUAAAGGCUGGGGGUUGGAGGAUGUGCACCUGUACAGGAAGUACCUUCACAGUAAGCUGAUGGUCAUUCGCUCUCCGUCUCGUGGCCUUUUCCACUUGUGGCACGAGAAGAACUGUGCAGACGAGCUCCCUCCGGACAAAUACAAGAUGUGCAUGCAGACUAAAGCCAUGAGCGAGGCCUCGCACGGCCAGCUGGGGGAGUUGUUCUUCAAACGGGAGAUUGAGGUUCAUUUGAGCUCCCAGAAGCAGAUGAACAGAGGAACAUGAUAACGAGGACAGACAAUAUAACAGGGCAUUGGUGAUGUUCUGUAUGUUCUCCUUCUGCUUUUCGUGACAAUUUCUAUUUACUUACAUUCAGCUUCAAACAAACAGAUGAUUUACUGUGAUUAUUGUUCUCCAUGUGGACACAUAAACUUGUGCAAAUAAUGACUGAUAUAUUUUGUGUGAAUAAAACAAUGAACUAU